AUUCGCUCGCUCGCUGACCCACGUAACAUCGAAUUAAACACAACGCAAGAUACCACCCGUUACACUAGCAGCGCAUCAAACUCGACAUCCUGAAAUAGACCUGAAAACGAUCGGGAUAAUUCCACAGCUCCUUUAUCAGCAGGGGAACUCUCCUUCCUCUUGGCGCAUUCUCAGGAUUGGAUUGGACCCAAUAUUUUCUUUUUCUACUUUCAAGAAGUGAAAGGACCACAAAAUCAUCCUCACUGCUCGACGGCUCCAUUUUGUCUCGUACUGCGAAAUUUCGCAACGAAUAGAAUAAUAAAACGCAUAGUCCAGAGCUAUUGGAAUAGCUUUCAUGUCAUCCUUUUAUAUACUUGGAUACCCACUGAAGCAACUUCUACCUUUUAAAGGAAACAUAUCAUUACCCUGCCUGGGAGUCGACGAGAGAACUUUUACGAUAUGAACCUCUUGUCUCUUACAAUUGCACUACGCCGCUGUCAUUUCUGCGUAGAUUGGCUGUGACUAUGCAGAGGUCUGAGCGGCAUGUCAAGAGUGAAUGUCAUUUCCGCUAUUCUGCCGGUAGUUACGUAACAGCUGGCCAUCUUGUUCUCCUGUCGAUGUGCAUUGGCGAAGCCUCAAAGCUAGCCGACCAUAUAAAAUUAAUGUGACGGUUAUCAGAUGUAUUGAGCGUACAUGUAUGUGUGAAGAACGUUAUUUUCAGCCAUAGAAAGAUCGAAGGCGUGGAACAGUUUUAUGGCAAUAUAUUGAUACAUCAGCAUUCAUCCCGGGUUGCAAAACGUCGGCGUGAGUUAGCUAGUCAGCCAGCUAGCGAGAUAGCUAAGCAGCUAUCGCGGCAGAUUAUGGCCAAUAACACUGCGCUGGUCGCCGGGAAUCAGCCGCAGCAGCAGGCCAUGAAUAAGCCCGCUCCAUCGGGAAAGCAUGGAAACGUGUUGCCUCUGUGGGGCAACGAGAAGACCAUGAACCUAAACCCCAUGAUUCUUACGAACGUGCUUUCGUCGCCCUAUUUCAAGGUGCAGUUAUACGAGCUGAAGACCUACCACGAGGUCGUGGACGAAAUCUAUUUCAAGGUGACACACAUAGAGCCGUGGGAGAAAGGCAGCAGGAAGACCGCGGGUCAGACGGGCAUGUGCGGAGGGGUCCGCGGCGUUGGCACCGGAGGCAUUGUCUCCACCGCGUUCUGCCUGCUGUACAAGUUGUUUACUCUGAAGCUGACUCGUAAGCAGGUGAUGGGACUCAUCACACACACGGACUCCCCCUACAUCAGAGCCCUUGGCUUCAUGUACAUAAGAUACACACAACCCCCAGCAGACCUUGUGGAGUGGUUCGAUGCCUUCCUUGAUGAUGAGGAGGAGCUGGAUGUGAAGGCUGGGGGCGGGUGCGUCAUGACCAUCGGGGAGAUGCUGCGCUCCUUCCUGACCAAGCUGGAGUGGUUCUCCACGCUGUUCCCGCGCAUCCCUGUGCCAGUCCAGAAGGCCAUUGACCUGCAGAUGAAGAGCCGGCCACGGAAGGCCCCGCAGUGUGACGGCAAUGAGCCGGUGGCUGAGGAACCGACGAGGCAGCUGCCGCGCCGACGAUCCAGGACACCCAGGAGAACCCCAAGCCCUCGCCGGUCCCCGAAGAGGUCGAGGAGCCAGAGCCACCACCGGGAUGCCCGGGGGCCAGCCAGCUUCGACAGGGAGCUGGAGAGGGAGCGAGACCGGCAGAGGAAGGAGCGGGAUGGCGGGGAUAGGGGCCACAGGGGCGAUAAGGAGCGGCGGCGUUCCCUCAGCCCGGAGCACAGACGCAGCAGGAGCAGGGCCCGCCGCCGGAGCUGCAGCGCCAGCCAUGACCGCAAGAACGAUGGCAGGGACCGGGAGGCCGACGGGGAGGGUGACCGCAGCCGGAAGAAGGACCGCGAUCACCACAGGGACAGGGACAGCGAAAGGGAGAUGGAGAGAUCAAAAGACAGGAGGCAUAAGGAGGAAAGGGAGGAGAGGAAGGUGAGGAAGAGCAGCCGAAGCCGGAGCAGGGAGAGGAAACACAGGAGCGAGAGCAAGGGCAGGGCAGAUGGAGAGCCCAGGAAGAGAGAUCGCAGUCGCAGCGUAGAGCGGUCAAGCAAGCGCAGUCGCAGUAAAGAGCGGUCGCACAAGCGCAGCCGCAGCAUAGAGCGGUCAAGCAAGCGCAGUCGCAGUAAAGACCAUUCAAACAAGCGUAGCCGCAGUAAGGAGCGGUCACACAAGCGCAGUCGCAGUACGGAACGGUCACACAAGCGCAGUCAUAGUAAAGACCAUUCAAGAAAGCACAGCUGCAGUAAAGAACGGUUGAACAAGCGCAGUCGCAGUAAAGAGCGGUCGAACAAACACAGCCGCAGCAAGGAGCGGUCAAGCAAGCGCAGCCACAGUGAAGACCAUUCAAACAAGCGUAGCCGAAGUAAAGAGCGGUCACACAAGCGCAGUCGCAGUAAGGAGCGGUCACAGAAGCGCAGUCACAGUAAAGAGCGGUUCAGCAAGCGGGAGCACAGUGAGGGGAAGGACCACAGUAAACAUGAUCGUAAACGGAGCGGAAGUGCAGAGCGGCAGGAAGGAACACAGGACAGCCGAGAAGAAUCAACUUAAUCAUCACUGCCACCAUUUUUUAUUGUUGUGUAUUGCAUCUCUUGACCUGGAACCACUAGCACACAGAUAUGUUGGCUCUCCUUCCCUUUCAUGGUUACUUAAUGUAGAUUUCUCCUAGGAAAUUCUCAUCGAGAUCUUCAUUGACCGUUGUAGACCUUUUCAUGAGAGAUGAUGCAAAAGUUUUAGUUUUUUUAUGUUUGUGCCCUCUGAAGAGAUCGGAAUUGCUUUGUAAAUAGAAGUCUGACAAUGUUUUAAAUCCAGCAACCACAAGGGUAAAUUUGUACCAGGCACCAAGUUCGUUGAAAUCGUGCU